AUGGCUCCGGGACAGACCCCCCAGCCCGCCGAUAAUGACUCCAAGUCCAAGUCGCAACCCGGCCAAGUCCGGUUUUCUGCGGUAACUGAGGAGAUCCAGCCUUCGGAUCCGUCGGCGUCCGCCAAAGCCCCGAACGCGGAAUCAACCAAGAACCAGAAGCAAGAAGAAGAACUUCGGUCGCUGGCCGCCAGUCUUCAGAAGUCCCAAUUGCAGGAGACUCGGUUGCGACAGUUCUCCUACGAUCCCAUCUCUCUACCGUCUUCCAGGGUUGCGUCCCGAGAAUCGAGCGAUCGCAGCGCCCGAGAAGCAAAUGGAUCCGGCCUCCCCUCGCCCCGUGGUUCGCCCACGGUGUCCGCGAUGCAGUCGCCCCCGCUCACGCCAGCGGCUACUCAUUCGCGUGAAGCCAAGUCCACGGAUACCUCUUCGACGUCGAAUGCCACAGACAAAGGAGCCGGACAGGCUGCGGGGAUGACCCCCACGACUUCGCCGCCUACGAGCGCGACCUUGAAGAGCAAGGCCUGCCAGAGCGCUCCAUCCUCGCGACCCUCGUCCACAGAUCAAUUAUCGAAACAAAUCGAUGUGGCGCAAACCUCCUCCCACCCGCAGAAUGGUGCCAGGCAGCGAGCGCAGUUCUUUGUCGGCCCUGGUGCUGAUGCUGCCUCGCAGGACGAAAGUCCGCCAAUGACGCCCAGAGCUGACCCGGAGAGCUAUACUCCCCCAGGCGCUAUCACCCCGGUCGGUGAGCCCAAUGAUCCAUAUGCCCGCAGCAAGCGGCCGCCGCAGCCGAAGAAUCUCGCACAACUUGACCAACGGUUCAUAUUCGGGAGCCGGGAUUCGAAACGUCGCACCAACACUUCGUCAUUCACCCGCCCAAUGUCACCCCGGUCCGCAAGCGCAAGCGAUCUCCGGUCGACAGAAAAGCGUAGCGGCUUUUUCGGGAGCAAGAAGGAUGCGCGGCCACAGGAGCCGGAAGGCAAACACCACGGCCACAUGUCGGAGCUCAAGCGUUUCUUCAAGAGAAACCACAAUAAGCACAAGCGCGGGGAGUCUCCCUCGUCUAUACCCUUCAAGAAGUCGAGUCGAUCCUCCGGGAAAAGUGGCACGUUCCAUUCUGCCUCCGAUAGCGUUCCGUUCGCCGAUGAUCAUGGGCUGAAUUCGAAAUACGGAAAGCUCGGGAAGGUUUUGGGUUCUGGAGCAGGCGGAUCUGUUCGGUUGCUGAAGCGCAACAGUGACGGUGUCACUUUCGCUGUAAAACAGUUCCGGGAUCGCCACUCGUGGGAGACCCUCAAGGAGUACUCCAAAAAGGUGACCGCCGAAUUUUGCAUCGGGUCGACUCUUCAUCACGGCAACAUCAUCGAGACGCUUGAUAUUAUCCAGGAAGGCCCCCAUUGGUAUGAGGUCAUGGAGUACGCUCCCUUCGAUUUGUUCGCAAUCGUCAUGACAGGAAAGAUGGUGAAGGAUGAGGUUGCUUGCGCCUUCAAGCAGAUUCUCAGUGGAGUGGCCUAUUUGCAUGGCAUGGGACUGGCCCACCGGGAUCUGAAGCUGGACAAUGUGGUCGUUAAUGAGCAUGGUAUUAUGAAGCUCAUUGACUUUGGAAGUGCGGUCGUUUUCCGCUACCCUUUUGAGAAUGACAUUGUCUCGGCUUCCGGAAUUGUCGGCUCCGACCCAUACCUAGCUCCCGAAGUAUACGACGAGAAGAAAUACGAUCCGCGCCCGACUGAUGUCUGGUCCCUAGCCAUCAUCUUUUGCUGCAUGACUUUGCGCCGAUUCCCUUGGAAGCAACCUCGCGUCAGCGAUAACUCGUACAGACUCUUUGUCUCCCCUCCGACCCCCGGUACUCCGACUCCAGAUGUGGAACCCAAACGCCAUCGGAUCAAAUCGUCACCGGACCUGCCCGCCACUGUCCCUGAAGAGAAGAACUCGCACACCUCGGAGAGCCAACAGGAAGCCCCCGAGUCAUCCUCGCAGGCCAAUGGACGACAGGAACCCCCGAAGAACCUCGCGCAGUCCGAGGCAACCGGUGGGGAGGAAAACCGUCCACCGGAGAGUCCCCAGGAUAGGACGCCUACCAACAGGAAUGUUGAUGAUAAGAUUGUCUCCACAUCCAAACCGACACGUACGACAAGCAAAGAAGCUCCCCCUCUUCCGGCUUCGGCCCAGCCUGCAGGCCAACGCCAAGAAGUCAUCAAGGGCCCAUGGAGGCUUCUACGACUUCUGCCGCGCGAGAGCCGCUAUAUCGUCGGGCGGAUGCUCAAAGUCAAUGUGAAGGAGCGCGCAACGCUCGACGACGUCUUGUCCGACGAAUGGGUCCGCAACAUCAAGGCUUGUCAGCAAGAGCUAUCUGGCGAGGUCAUUCGCGCCCCUGGUCAUACCCAUGUCCUGGAACCUCCUUCGUCCAGCUCCGGAGCCAUCGCCGGCCUGACGGUUGACUGCUCCCUGUACCCGCUCGACACCAUCAAGACGCGUCUCCAGAAAGCACGAGUCCAGGGCCCCUCGGUGGCCGCCCCGAGCCUCUCCCUCCGCCAGACCAUCCGCGGCAUCUAUGCCGGUCUCCCCUCCGUGCUGUUCGGCUCCGCCCCGUCGGCCGCAUCCUUCUUCAUCGUCUACGACGGCGUGAAACGCUCCCUCCUCCCCCCCAACAGCUCCGACACCCCCUCCCGCUCACACAUCAUCCUCACGCACUCCCUGGCCUCCUCCAUGGGCGAGAUCGCCGCCUGCGCCGUGCGCGUCCCCACCGAAGUCGUGAAGCAGCGCGCCCAAGCCGGCCUCUUCGGCGGCUCCAGCCUCCUCGCCCUGAAAGACAUCCUCGCCCUCCGCCACCCGGACCCCACCACCGGCGCCGCCCGCGGCUACGGCCAGGUCGUCCGCGAACUGUACCGCGGCGCGGGAAUCACCAUCGCGCGCGAGAUCCCCUUCACGGUCCUGCAGUUCACCAUGUGGGAAUCGAUGAAGGAGGCGUAUGCGAAGCGUACCAAUGAGGGUGUGGUGCCUGCGUCUACGAGUGCCAUGUUUGGGAGUGUGGCGGGUGCCAUCUCGGCGGGGCUGACGACGCCGUUGGAUGUCAUUAAGACGAGGGUGAUGUUGGCGAGGAGGGAGGAUGGUGCGGGGACUGGUGCGGGAGUGAGGAUCAGGGAUGUCGUGCAGGAUAUUUCCAAGGAAGGGUUCGGGGCGUUCUGGAGGGGUAUUGGGCCUCGUGUGGCAUGGAUUGGUAUCGGUGGGGCGGUGUUCUUGGGUAGUUAUCAGUGGGCGUCGAAUACGUUGGCGGGGAGGAGCGUGGCUGAGAAGGAGAAGGAGGCCAGGGGAAUGCUCCCCUCCACUCUGCCUUUGCUGCUCCCUCUGCCCGAUGCCCCCGGCGGUCAUCGACUGGGCGUCAAUGGCCUGACGGUCGAUCCGGACAAUUCCAUCCUGUACUCCGCCGGUCGCGAUGGCGUGGUCUGCUCCUGGGACCUGAAUCUCCCUCUCUCGGGCGCAUCGUCCUCGAAAUCUGGCUCCACAACGUUCAGAAACCAAGUCCAGGCUCACAGCCAUUGGAUCAACGACAUCGUUUUGACCAAGAACAACUCCGCCCUCGUUUCCGCCUCAUCAGACACCACCGUCAGGCUCUGGCGACCGCACUCCGAGUUGACCGAGGUUCCUAACCCCAUCGGCAAACAUGCCGACUAUGUGAAAGCCCUGGCGACGCCCGGAAACCAUUCCUCGUGGGUCGCAUCGGGCGGUCUGGAUCACAAGCUCAGUCUGUGGGACUUGAAUGGCGGCGGGGAGAUACUGGGAAUUGAUGCCUGCGGGGAUGACCGGACAGCAAAGGGCUCGAUCUACGCCUUAGGAGCCGUGUCCUCCGUUCUGGCCAGCGGCGGUCCGGAAAGCGUGGUGAGAGUGUGGGAUCCGAAGUCCGGGAAGCUGAUCACCAAGUUCGUGGGCCACACGGACAACAUUCGGGAUAUCUUGAUCAACCAGGAUGGCGAUACUAUCAUGACUGCGUCUUCCGAUCAGACUGUCAAGGUGUGGUCGCUGACGGCAGGAAGAUGCAUGAACACCCUGACCAUGCACAACGACAGCGUCUGGUCGCUGUACUCGAACCACCCGCAGCUGUCCGUGUUCUACUCGAGCGAUCGGUCCGGCUUGGUCGCCAAGACUGAUACGCGGUUUGCCCCGGACAUCGAACAGGGAAUCUGUGUGGCGGCACUGCAGGAACAUGAGGGGGUGGUCAACGUGGUAGCUGCCGGCGAUCACAUUUGGACGGCAACCCCGAAGUCCAGCAUCAAUCGCUGGAGGGAUAUUGACACAACUGCCGGGAUUGAGCCCCGAUCGCGAGACGCCGAGGAUUUGUCAGCGAAAGAACGGUCCAAGAAGAUACCCUAUGAAUCGAUUCUGUUACUGACAAGCACCUCCACCUUCCCCAAUUCACGCGUUCCGGACGAAGGAGCCCCGCACCCCGUGACGAAUGGCCAAGGCUCAGGAUCAGAUAUGGAGGAUGGAUUGGAGCUGACUCUUCCCGCUCAAUCCCUGCCGGAGGCGACCAUCGAGGGCCAACAUGGGUUGAUUAAAUAUUCCAUGCUGAACGACCGCAAACGCACCCUGACCCAGGAUUCUGCUGGCGAGGUUGUCUUAUGGGAUCUCCUCAACUGUAAGCCCAUCCAGUCAUUUGGCAAGCGGCAUAUGGAUGAGGUUGCGCAAGAGAUCAAUACGGAGGAGAGCAUCGCUCACUGGUGCACGAUCGAUAUCCGCACAGGACGGCUAUCCGUCAUCAUGGAGCCGGGCCGGUGUUUUGAUGCCGAGGUAUACGCCGAUGAAGCUGAUUUCGAGGACUACUCGCAUUUUCGCGACGACCAAAGGAUCAACCUGGGCAAAUGGGUUUUGCGCUGGCUUUUUGCACCACUUGUUGAUGAGCACGUUCAACGUGAUGCCCAAUAUCGCGCCAUGGCGGUCGCAAGAGCGGAAGAGCUUGCCCGGUUGACCUCACCGGGUGGAACUGCACCGAUGGAUAUACCAUUUGCAGACGGAUUGAGACGGCCUUUGGGCCUGCAGACGUCUCUGGACCCCUUGGGAACCUUCCGUUCCGGAUACGACUCCGUCGGCAGCCCGACGACGCCCGGGUUUGGGAUCGGCUAUGCGACGAGCCCGGGGACGCUGGGGUCACCAGUGCUCCCCCCUCAUAGUUUCAACAACAACAGUUAUUUUGGGACCUCUAUAGGCGAGGCGUCUGACUUCCUGACGUCGCAGCAAAACCCGGAUACUCGGGCCUCGUUCUCGGAUCGGUCCAGCGAUUAUUUCUCGUCGUCCAAGCCCCUGGUUUCGGACGGGGACAAGGUACCGACGACGCCGGGCGAACUGACUCCGACUGCCCUUCCCCAGUCACCGGUAACCGAGCCUGACAAGGAGGAGCGGAAGCGAGGCGCCUCCAUCUUUGGAAAGAAGUUCCGGAUGGAAUUUCCCAAGAAACUCGGGCGAACGUCCUCGGAGGUCAAGCCGCAGAUCCAGGAAGAGAAGGUCGAGGAAUCGGACAAGUCGUCCGUGAAGGAAGAAAGGACGUUUGAAGCCAAUCUCGGUGGCUUUAUCGAGAGAACCCGGUAUGAAUAUGAAGAAUGGCUGGCUGCCCACCCGGGUCAAGAGCUGGCGUCUGCCUUUACACCGAGUCCGGACAACGAGACGCCCGUGUUGGAUAUCCCAUCUCGCACCGUGGUCCUCAUCCAAGAGGAAUCUGGGGACACGGCAGUGGCAUCGGAUCUGUGGCGGGGCACGGUGGGACGCAUCAGCCAGGAGAUCGAUAAGCUGGAGAAAUCGAUACCGCUGUGGCUUGCUGACGUGCUGCUCAAGAGCCAAGUCCCCGUGAAAGAGCCCAUAAAGAUUGCUUUCACCCUGAAGCCAUAUGAUGACCUUCUGCCGCCGGUCGUCAAGCCAGAGCUGGUUAGCAACGCAACAACGAACAAUAACCGGCUCAACGCCAACCGCAUGCUUCGCGCCAAGAAGAUCAUUGCGUACGUGGCGGAGCGGAUCGAUCCCCCGAACCCCGAGGAGCCGGAGGAGAACCCCAUGAAGCCGGAAGAGUACCUGGAGCUGUACUGCCAGAAAACGUUGAUCCCGCCGGACAUGACCCUGGGGACGAUGCGCACGCUCAUGUGGCGAACCGGGGGCGAUAUGGUAUUGCAUUACAAGGCAAACGGGAAGAAAGAGAUCCGAUCCGGUAAAGACCAAGACCAAGACCGCGCGAGAAUCCAUCCUGAGACGACGGGCCCUAAUCAUCUCCCCUCAGGACGCACCGCCAACGGCGAGGGUGGCAGCGCGCCCCCCGGCAGCAUCCACUCGCUGACAGCCUCGGGCUCCGGGCCUGCCUCGAUCAGCAAUUCCUGA